AUGUAUAGAGCAAUUUCUAGAUCAUCAUCAGGUCUUAUUCGUCAAGCAACUACAAGAGUGACCAGACAGUUAUCCACUACAAGAACCAGACCAAGCAAUCACACCUCAAGAUUACUACUUGGAGUCGUAGGUACUGGAGCUUUAGCUUUUGGCUACUUUUCACAACAAUCAAGUUUAAUCCAAAAUGCAUCCACUGCUGAUAACAUCGAAAAAGCUUUUCAAGAAGGUGAUGCUGUUGCGAAAGAGGCACAAGAAUCAUUAGAUUCAAGACAAGAAAAAGUGGUCACAGAAAAUGAAGAGAAAACGAAAAAAGCCAAAGAUACAAAAUCUUCUGAGUCCAAGACAAGUGUUGAUGACAAGAAAGCCAACUCGCAAAGUGAUGGACAACCUGAAGGUGAAGGUGAAGGUAAACAAGAAGCUGCAUUCAAUCCAGAUACUGGUGAAAUCAAUUGGGACUGUCCUUGUUUAGGAGGUAUGGCCCAUGGUCCUUGUGGCGAAGAAUUCAAGGAAGCCUUUUCCUGUUUUGUAUUUUCAGAAACCGAACCAAAAGGAAUUGAUUGUAUCAAGAAAUUUGAAAACAUGAGAUCUUGUUUCAAGAGAUAUCCUGAACAUUAUAAGGACGAAUUGUAUGAUGAUGGUGAAGAGGAAGCAAGCACUGAGGUUGUCGAACAUGUUGUUCUUGAGACUACUGAACCUGCAAUUGAACAAAUUGAACAAGGAAUCAACGAAGACAAGAUUAAACCAAACACUAAAUCUGAUUAG